AUGUCAAUAGAAAACAAGGAAGAAGAUAAAUGAUUUGCAUGCCAGCAGCUCUAUCCCAAGACUUAUCUUCAGUAUAUUGACGAUAAUAGUAUCCAGCCACAGAUGAAGACUAAAAAUAAAUCGUCCUCUAACGAGAAAGAGAAAUCAGAUCCCCGAUUCCAAAUAAAGCUACCUUUUUGCUAUAAUUGUAUGCCAAACGAAAAAGUCAAGUCGAUUAACAAUAGGUGACAAGUCCCUGAGAUGUCUGAGGAUAUCUUUUACAAAUCUACUGACUGGCACACAGAAACAGCCCAACCCUUCCUCCCUCCUUCCAAAACCCCCUUCCCAAAAUCCAAGCCCUCCAACCGUUCCAAACCUAACAGAGCCUCCAGGAGUAAACUAAGAGAACGUAAACGAACCUUACUCAAAUCCUUCAGAAAGCUAGAGGAACUAAAGAAUGAUAUUGAGGAACAAAGGACUAAGGAAAGCACUCUAAAUGUAACCUCAGACCAAAAAGAUUUCCUCAACAUAAUGGCCAAACGACUAAAGAACAAGAGAAGUGGAAGUGUUCAAGAGCAAAGACAUAUUAAUCUUAAUAAAAGCCAAAAUGUUUUACUUUUGAAAGAACUCGAUAAGAGCAGAAAUAAUGAGGCUCAAAAACCUUCGAAAAUGAUUCCUUCAAAAGGAAAUAAAUUUAAGAUUAUAAAGGUUAAGAAAAAGUCAGUGAUAGGAAUACACUCAAAAUUAAAGAGCAAACCCUCGACAAAGCUUACAAAGAUAAAUAAAAAGAGCAUAUCAAGCUCUUCAGGAAGUUUUUCUGACAAAGAAGAAUCUGAUGAAAAUACCAAUGCUAAGACUAAGAAGGGUAGGAUACCUACUUUGAGCACAAACCAAAUGACAAUGAGCCCCCAAGAAUUUCUUAAUAUACCGAAUCUUAAUAAGGGAAAUUCAAAGACAACAAUUAAUGAAAACUCUUCAAGGACGAAUAACCUCCAUCGAGACUCCUUAAUCUCCAAUAACUCCUCAAGGAAUUCAAAUUCUAUUAUCUUCCAUAGAAAAAGCAACGGACUAUCAACAAUAAAAAGGAAAAAUCUUAAAAUUGAUAUUGACUGAAACAAGAGUGCGAUUUUAAAAUGAAAUUUAAGUUCUAAUCAGUUAAACGCCUCUGAUAUGGAUAAAGGCAAUUAUCAGUCUUCAAGAAUUAAGAAUCCUCCAAAGUCUCCCCUAAAACCAGAUUUGAAGCCUAUCAAGAAACCUAAGAAAACUUGUGUGGUCAAUGACAUCUUUUAUUCUAUGUUAAGAGUAGAUGACUUGAUCUCUUGCCAGCCAACUUCUUCUGAAACACACAAGCAGAUGACUGCAAUUAAGUCUUACCUCAAGCAAUACUCAGAUAUCUUUAAAACAACUCAGAAAGGGCUACUCCAGAUGGAAAUUAAAGAAGCAGACAAUCUCUCACAGCUUACUCUAUUCUUUAACAAGCUAAGAAAGGAGCUAGAUUUUAAAGAAGAAUUAUUGAAGAUUAAGUACAAAAGUAUGGUGAACUCUUAUGAAACUUCACUUCGCAUGGAUUUGGAGUUCCUUGAAAAGAAAUGCAAGCACUUAUGAGAAGUUAUAGACUCUUACUCUCAGGAAUUCAAAACUCCUACUAAGACUGAGCCCAAUCUUUCAGAAGAUUUCAUGAAUAAUUGCAACUUAGAGUCAAUCUUAUUAAAAGAAAAAGCAGGGACUUAUAAAUUGCUCAACAAAGAAUUCACUAUCCAAACUGAGACUUCCUUCCAGUGCCCAACUGUAGAGUGUGACUUCAGAAGAGUGAAAAGUUUUAUUGAUGAGAUCAAUGUGAUUUCUCACUCAACAACUAAAAUUCCUGAUUUAAAAAGAGAUACUUUGGAUAGCUUUAAUAGGGAAGAAAAUAGCAGCAAAGGAUCAGAUACUGACCGUAAAACCCAUUGUAGUGUCAGACUUGAAGUAGGGAUGCUAGAGGAAAAUGAAAAUUCAGAAAUUUCUUCAGAGAUUGGAAAUAGAAGCGUGGAUAUUACCCCAAAUCAGAGGAAACAUUAGUGAUAAGUUAAUUGAAGAAUAAAGAAGAUCUGAAUAGCUAAUUAUUGCUAAUUCCCUUUUCUACUAGAAAUAUCUAAAUUUCCAUUCUUUCUUUAAUAAAUAUUCAUUUCACAGUAAAAGAGCCAUGAUAAAAUAAUAAUUUCUACAGUUAUAUAAGUUAAAAUAGCUAGCGAUUCUGCUGGAACCAAGUGGCCCAACAAUGAGUUUGGCGAAAUAGGAUGAACGAAUAUGUGGUAGUACCUUGGAUUCUAUUUCACCAAAUCUGGAUACUAUCAUCAGAAAGUUCCUUGCCUUCUUUAGUAUCAGAAGUUCGAAAACUUCAUUUUGAUUAGCCCUCUUCUAACUUUAGGUCAGACUAAAAGUCAAGUAGAACUACCCCAUCCUAAAUUUUAACGAAUUUCUGUGCUGAAAUUUCCUCUAAAAUACAUUGCCUUUUAACUAAUUAAAUAUUCCUUACUUU